GUCUUUUUAGGACCCCCUUCUUCCGGUGCUUGCCAGUUGGCGGUGUAGCCCCUAGUUAGUGGCCUGGCCUGGACUCGGACCUGAGAGAGAGCAGGGUUCGAAUUCCCACUUAGCCCUGCGGCUCCUUGGGAGACCUUGGAGUCAGUCCUCAUCUCUUAGCCUAGCCUACCUUACAGGGCUGUUGUGAGGGAGGAGAGCCAGAUGCACCUUGAGAGCCUUGGAAGACAAUAAAGGUAGCACCUAACUAUAAUUAAUAAUAAACUUUAAUAAAUGUUUUUACAAACAUGGUGCUCUGAUGGUUGCAGCCCAUCCUGGGACUUUAGGAGAAGGGCUGGCAAUUAAUUAAUAAAUAGGGGGGAGGCGGGGCACAUUGAUGCAAGGGGCACAUUGAUACACCAACAAUAUUUCAAUUUCGAGAAAUGUUAUUUGUGCGUUACAUCACUAAAACGUGUCUAUACAUGUGUGAGUACAACAGUUGCGAGCGCACCGCCCACCAGUUAACUGUUGGCGUUUGACGAGAGUAGGUGUGUUUUUAGCGCAGCCAACUAAAAAGUUACAUGAAAUGUAAAAGUGCUCCAACGUUCUUUUACAUCGUUUAGUUAAGAUUUAAAAAUACCAAAGGUAAGUUAUUCAGUAAUCAGGAUUACACAUGAUUUUUAAAUAAGUUCAGUGGUUUUAUUAAUAAUUUUUAGUUUUUUGAAAAUGUCUGUUGGGGUACUUUGAUACACUAAGACACAGGGCACAUUGAUAUGUAUAAAAGUGCCCUGCUAGUGUAAAUUUUGAUGUUCCCAAUCCUGAAAAUAUAAAUGCUGGAGAUUUCCUACUCAUUAAAUCUGAAAAGAAAAAAACCUAUUGUUUCUAAAUAUAAUAUGACCAAUAAUUAAGUGUCAUAUCUCAGGAAAAAAUCAGGAUCUUGUAUUCAAAAGAAAAUAAAAAAAAAUUCCUUCCAGUAGCACCUUAGAGACCAGCUAAGUUUGUUAUUGAUAUGAGCUUUCGUGUGCAUGCACACUUUGUGGUGCGGCAUGGGUGGCGCUGUGGGUUAAACCACAGAGCCUAGGACUUGCCGAUCAGAAAGUCGGCUGUUCAAAUCCCCACGACAGGGUGAGCUCCCGUUGCUCGGUCCCAGCUCCUGCCAACUUAGCAGUUCAAAAGCACAUCCAAGUGCAAGUAGAUCAAUAGGUACCACUCCUGUGGGAAGGUAAACGGCAUUUCCGUGCGCUGCUCUGGUUCACCAGAAGCGGCUUAGUCAUGCUGGACACAUGACCCGGAAGCUGUACGCUGGCUCCCUUGGCCAGUAAAGCGAGAUGAGCUCUGCAACCCCAGAGUCGGCCACGACUGGACCUAAUGGCCAGGGGUCCCUUUACCUUUUUAAGGUGCUACUGGAAGGAAUUUUUUUAUUUUGUUUUGACUACGGCAGACCAACAUGGCUACCUACCUGUAACAGGAUUUUGUAUGUUUGUCUUCCCCAUUGUAGAAGAUAAGGCAUGCGUUGAUUUCAAGGAUGUUGUUUUGCAGUUGCCAAAACCAAAUUUCUCUAAGGGCACAUCUCGAACACCAUCUCUUCAUACUUUUUCUAUUGACUUCAAUGGAUAUAAUGUGCAAUACAUGCUAAACGUUAAGUAAUUAUCUUAUUUUCUAUAAGCAUUUUGUUUAAAUUACUAUUUUUUGACUACCUAAUGUGAGUUCUUAUACUUUUUAAAGUUUUUCCAAAAUUGUUUUUUUUUAAUGCAUAGGUGUUUGAGGAAAGAUUAAUAUAAGUUUUGAUGUUUUGUUAAGAAAACCUGCCAUAAAGUCUAUGAUAUGUGUGAAACACUGUUAGUUUUGAUACGUAAUUUAGAUUUUAAGGAACAAAUUGUAAGGCUGAUUAUUAUAUACCACAAUAAAAAAUAUGGUUUUUUUCCAUUAAAUUUUUGCAAAUACAAUUUAUGCUUUGUAACAAAGUGCCCCAUCCAAUGUAUCUAAGUGCCCCAUAGGUGGGGCAGAAUGAUACAAAACCCAUUUUUUACUCAAGUCAUUAUAUUCUCAUUAUCUUCUAACUUUAAUGGUUCUUUUGAUUGCUAUUAUAUUGAUUAGAUAUGCCAUGCAUAAAGCAAAAAAAUAUAUUAUUUGACUCAUUUUUGUUACAAUUAGAUCUCCCCUUUUUCUCCAAGGAGCUCACAUGGUUCCCCCGACUCCUCAUUUAACCUCCACAACAACUGGCCCCGAGGUCACAUGGGGAUUUGAACCCUGGUCUCUCCCAGCUCCUAGUUCGACACUCUAACCACUAUGCCACGCUGCCAUGGGGGGACACCCCAGUUUUUGUGUGUGUGUCGUGGACGGACCCCCGACUCCCCACCGUCCUGCCCCCUCCAUUACCUGCCCCCCUUCUCUGCUUUUGGGACACCUCCCCCCAAGAGUGCGCACUUAUUUAUAGCCUGGCCCUCCCCGCCUGGGUUUGGCCGGCGGCCUGGAAAAUGAGGCCGGAGAGCGAGGGGGUUAAUAUGAAUCCUCUCUCUCACCCCCUAGAAAUUCACCCUUUGCGACCCUAAUCAAAGUUUGCGCCUCCAACCAAGGGGGCAAGAUCAGAGGGUGUCGCGCGUGGGCUGAGCUGGGGGGGUAUUUUCAGCCCUGCUCUGGAAAGGGGUUCCGCCCCGCGCCCAGGCUGCCGAGCCCUCCAUUCCGCGCCCCCUGCUUGCCUGCGCAAAAGGAUCCCCGUUGCCGGAGGGGGAACUUGACAUGUUCAGGAGCCCGAGGACGGCGGCGGCCGCCUUUCGGGGAAGAGGGGUCCCCCGCCUUCCCUCUCUCCGCCUCCCUCCCCGGGACGCCGUCCAAGCCCCGCCGGGCCCCGCUCCCUAGCCGCCGACGGAGCAGCGCAGGAAGGGUGCGUCUCGGCGCGGGGACCCGCUCGCUCCCCAAAGGCCCCGGGACGCAGCGGCGCCGCCAUGCGGGCGGGGAGAAGAGGAGCCGCGGGCCAGGAGCGCGCCGGGUGAGGGGGGCUCAUCGGCGGGGGAAACUGAGGCUCGGGCCGGAAUGGCUCGGCUAAGGUGCUGUGGGGAGGAGGGGGGGGUCGCGGACAGGCUGCCGUUCCCGGAGUUGUGGGGUGGAAAAGGCACAUCGAGACCAUCGCAAGCGCCAACGCAUGGGGGGCGACGUUUGGGGAUCUCCCUUGGGUGCCGGACUUCAAGCUCUCCUGCGGGUCCCUAGUUUAAUCCCCGCUGGCCUCUCCAGUUAGGAGAGACCCCUGAGCCUGAAACCUUGGAGAGCCGCUGCUGGCUGCCGGCCAGUGUAGACAAUACAGAGCUUCAGCCCGCUCAGUGUUUUGCAGGCUGCCCUGCUCUCUGACUUCUCAUUGACGUUAUUUACUUGCAUUUUGCCCUGUUCCUAAGCUGCUUACAGGCAAACAAAGACAACUGGACACCCUCCACCUCACUCCCCCACCCCCACCCCCCUUAGGAUUCUGGACUUCUGUGCUGGAUUUGCAGCCCUUAACAAAAUCAUAGAAUCAUAGAGUUGGAUGGGACCCUGAGGGUAUUGACAAGCUGGAAGGCGUGCAGAGGAGGGUGCCCAAGGUGAUCAAGGGUCUGGAAACCAAGUAUGAUGAGGAACGGUUGAAGGAGCUGGGUUUAGUCUCAGAAAGAGGAGACUGAGAGGAGAUAGGAGAGCCAUCUUCAAAUAUCUCAAGGGCUGCCACUGGAAGAAGGAACAAGGGUGUUUCCUCCUGCUCUGGAGGGCAGGACUCGAACCCAUGGCUUCAAGUGACAAGAAAGGAGAUUCUGACUAAACAACAGGAAGAACUUUCUGAAAGUAAGAGCUAUUAAAGAGUGGAACGGUCUUCCUUGGGAGGUGGUGGACUCUUCAUCCUUGGAGCUUUUAAAGCAGAGGUUGAAUGACCCUCCCACUGUGAUGCAGGCUUUAGCUGAGAUUCCUGCAUUGCAGGGGGUUGGACUAGAUGACCCUUGGGGUCUUUUCCAAAUCUAUGCUUCUAUGAUUCCAUGCCUGGGAGUUCCUGUGAGCUGCACUUUCUCAAUUUAAGAGAGAAGGAGGCCUGGUGGCUGGGUGGCUGUUAGGGCCAUGUAGGCCUAUCAGACACUGGAGAAUAGGCUGAGGAAAAGCCACUCUGUGAAUGCUCAGAGGGCCAAAGCUGAGCUUUGCUGGCUCCAGCAGAGCUGCUGCUCCCCCCAGGCUUAGGCAGGAGAAUGGGAAGCGAGUCUGACUUCGCUCCUGCUGCGCCACAACUUCAUGUGAUGCCCCUUAAAUCUUGUUUAUGUUUCCCCGCCCCGUUUGCUGCCUCCGGCGUUUUUGAGGCAUGCAAGCGUCAGGCAGCCUUAAGUGCCGUCUGGCAUCUCCAGGUGCUCAGAAAGGGAGCGCCUGUCCCUGCCCUGUAGAAUCAAAUAAAUGUAGUGUUGGAAGGGAUCCAAGGGUCAUCUAUCCCAACCCAAGAAUUGCUCCUGCCCUGAAGGCCUGGAAAGAAGUGGGAGCAUCUCAGCAAGCGCUCACUCUGCCCUGCAUAGGAAGGGAUGGGAGGCAGUGCAGGGGGCUUCUGUCCUCACACAGCAGGAAGGGGACCACGGCUUUGAUAUCCACUCCUCCUGCUUUGUUCAUAUCGGGGGAAUGAUAGUGUGGCUCAACUUGCAGGGAGCCAUGCCAGGAACUGGUGGCCCAGUCCCAGCACUUCCUUUUUAAUUGUUUUUUCUUUAAUAGUAUUUUUGUUGAUACUUGUCUAAAAAUAUGCAAAAAAUCAUACCCAUCACAAAAUAUCUUUUAAUAAUACAUUAUGUGUUUUUGUUGUUGUUUAGUCGUUUAGUCGUGUCCGACUCUUCGUGACCCCCUGGACCAGAGCGCACCAGGCACUUCUGUCUUCCACUGCCUCCCGCAGUUUGGUCAAACUCAUACCACUGUCCAACCAUCUUGUCCUCUGUUGUCCCCUUCUCCUUGUGCCCUCCAUCUUUCCCAACAUCAGGGUCUUUUCCAGGGAGUCUUCUCUUCUCUUGAGGGGGCCAAAGUCUUGGAGCCUCAGCUUCAGGAUCUGCAUUAAGGGCUGAUUUCCUUCAGAAUGGAGAGGUUUGUUCUUCUUGCAGUCCAUGGGACUCUAAGUAUGUAAUACAUUACAUACUUUAUCUAAAAAAGAACCAAUCCAGAGAGACUUUUUUAAAAAAGAGGAGAGAAAGAAGAGGGCAAAAUAAAGAAAGAUAAAGACUUCCAGGUAUAGUGGUACCUCGGGUUACAGACGCUUCAGGUUACAGAUGCUUCAGGUUACCGACUCUGCUAACUCAGAAAUAGUACCUUGGGUUAAGAACUUUGCUUCAGGAUGAGAACAGAAAUCGUGCUCUGGCGGCACGGUGGCAGCGGAAGGCCCCAUUAGCUAAAGUGGUACCUCAGGUUAAGAACAGUUUCAGGUUAAUAAUGGACCUCCAGAACGAAUUAAGUUCUUAACCUGAGGUACCACUGUGCAGUAUUCACUCCUUAACAUCCAAGCUUCCUAUCUCCUAUAAUCAGUAUUUUUUCAAUCUUUAAGUCACAAUAUUGCAGGUUCAUUUUCUCUUUCAUGCAAAAAGUCCAUAAGAGGUUUCCAGCCCUGAAUCAGUGUCAAUAAUUAUUUUUCGAAUCAAUGGUUUCAAGUUGCAAGAAAGAAGAUUCCAUCUCAACAUCAGGAAAAACUUUCAUGUCGCUAAGAGCUGUCUGACAGUGGAACAGUUUUCCUUGGGAGGUUGGGGACUCUCCUUCCUUGGAGAUUUUAAGCAGAGGCCAUCUGUCACGGACGCUUUAGCUGAGAUUCCUGCAUGGCAGGGGGUUGGGCUAGAUAACCCCUGGGGGCCCCUUCCAACUCUAUGAUUCUGCGAUUCUAUGAUUCUACUCCCACAUAUGGCUCUGGGUGACUCACGGCUCAUGCAGGGUGGGCGGGGGAACCCCUGGCGUUCUGCCCGCCUGUGCCCUUGAUUCUCCCUUGUCUCCGGAGAGUCUGGGUUUUCUUUUUUCCACUUUGAUUAAGAACAUAAGGGGAGCUGGCUGCUGGAUCAGGCCCAAGGGGGCCCACCCAGCCCAGCAUCCUCCUCUCACGGGCUCCAAAUACCCCUAAGAAACUAGGAAUCCAGGUAGACUGCCUCAGAGCCUGGAGGUUCCAUGAGGGCAUACAAAGGCCCUGGCUGCUGGAUCAGGCCAAAGCCACCCCCCACCCCUGUCUAGCCCAGCAUCCUGUCUCACAUUGGCCAACUAGAGACCUCUUCUGGGACACCCACAAGCAGGAGCUGAGUGCAAGAGCAACCAUCUCCCCUCCUGCGUUCCAGCAACGGAGAUUCAGAAGCAUCGCUGCCUCCAUCUGUUGAGGCAGAGCAGAGCCAUCCUGGCGAGUAGAAAUCCAUAGCCCUUUCCUCCCUCUUUUAAAGCUGUCCAGGCCGGUGGUCACUGCUGCCUCCUGUGGGAGGGAGUUCCACACUUCAACCGAGAAAUCCUUCCUUUUCUCUGCCCCGAAUCUUCCACAUUUGUUGGCUGCCCAGGCGGUGUAGUGUUUAGAGAGAGGGAGGAAAACUCUCUCUCUCUCUCUCUCCCCCCGCCCCACCCCACCCCAUUUCCUCUCUUCUGCAUUAUUUUCUGUAGGCCCUGGACGCAACUGACACCCUCCAAGGGGACCCCUCCCUCUCCCCCCCUAUUCUUUUUCCAGGGCACGUGAGCCCCUUAUCGCUGCUGCCUCUCACCCUCUCAUCCACCCACAGGAUCGAAAUGUCAGAAUAAAUAAAUCUGGCAGCGUCAGGUGGUGUCCAGAACAGGCAGCUUGGUGUUCUCCUCUCCUUGCCCAGGGGACUGAUUGGGGGGGGGGAACCAUAAGGGGAAAGGCCCUCUGCACAUGCCCAGAGGUCCCCUGACCAUGGGGGGACCCUCUGCAAACUGAGGCUGCAGUUAAGCCAAUGAAGAAAGGCUGAAGUGUUUGAGACUUUUGAGUUUCAAUAAAAAAUGAGGCAGAUGUGACCGGGUAGGAAGUUAUAAAUGAUGCCUGGAAUGGGGAGAGUGGCAGUUUUCCUCUCUCUCUCCCCCUGCUAGAAAUCAUGGACAUCCAACGGAGCUGAGGGUUGGAAGAUUUGGGACAGAGAAAAGGAAGGACUUUUUCGUUAAAUUGUGGAACUCCCUGCCACAAGCGGUAGCAAUGGCCACCAACGUGACCUUUCCAUCCGUCUGUCUGUCUGUCUGUCUGUCUGUCUGUCUGUCUGUCUGUCUAUCUGUCUGUCUGUCUCUCUCCUUCCCCUGAUUUCUGGACCAUAGAAGCUUCAGUCAGAUAAUAUUGGGUUUUGGGCUAUUCCUACCCCCCUCUCUGCUUUGAGUGUCAAUUACUCAGCUGGGGCGGUGGCACAAAAUGAGGGGUUCACGGCACAAAACUAGCACAAAACAUUGGCACCAGUUUGGAGGGGAUCCUACAUUUCAGGAUCAGCCAUUAAUGAAGCUGGCAAUAGGCCCUCGUUAGAGUAUUUCCUUCUCUUUCUUGCAGGAGCACCUCUCCCCUGACCACCGUCUUCCUCAUCUGGCUGACCUUCCUGUGCACCGUUCAGGUAAGUUGGAGAGCAGGUGACUGGGAGGCCCAGAGGGCCCCCCCGGCCCCCACAUGCUGGCAGAUCCAGAUUGUGCUGUUAAGGCUGAUUUGUUGCUCCCCAGAACUCUUCAGCAGCCGGGGUGUGAAGCAAAGCUUUAAGGUGGUGGGGAGGGAGGGAAGAUGAGAGUCCAAAUCUGGCUCGGUAGAACUUCCUGUCGCAGCACAAAAUUCACAUGAGGAACUCCCUCCCCCAGGAGGCAGCAAUGGCUUUAAGAGGACUGGGCAAAUUCAUGGAGGAGGAGGAGGAGGAGAGGGUUGUCGAGGGCUCCUAGCUAGGGAGGCUCUGCUCUUCCUCCAUAUUUGGAGGCAGCUGGAAACCGCAGGACAGGAGAGCUGCUCCUGUGCUGGGAUCUCCCUUGGAGGUUUUCCACAGGCAACUGCGAGAGCAGGGGGCUGCACUGGAUGGGUCCUCUUUGGCCUGAUCCAGAAGACAGGCUCUUCUUACAUCCACACAGAACCUCCAGGUCCAGAGGCAGUCUCUCUGGAUUCCUAGGUUCUCAGGGGUAUUAGGCCACUGUGAGGGGAGGAGGCUGGACCAGAUGGGCCUGUGUGGGUCUGAUUCUGACAGCAUCCUUUGUUUGGACUGGCAGCCAGCCCAAGCAAUGGCUAAACUGGUUGGCCUCCAGCCAAGCUUGGCAGAGAGCAAGAUUUGCAGGUGGAAGUUCAGUCUCCGGGUUCCAAAAGACAGCGUCUGGGCAGAGGAGGUGACAUUUGCAUGGUCAGCCUUGCGCUUCCUUGAGGGGUCCUGCUGCUGCUCCCCCCUUGCUUCCCCAGGUUCAGGAUCCUGCUUGGGGCAGCAGAUUGGGAGGCGGCUGGGACCGGUGGCUGUGGGGAGGUGAGGCCUAGUGAACAGAGUUGGGGUUCUGGGGGGGAGAGUGCUGCCUCUGAUGUCUACAGAAAGCCUUGAGACGCGGGUGCAGAGACCGUCCAAUUUGUAAAUACUGUAGUUUUAAUGCAAUUAGGCUGAAAAUGUCCAGAGGCAAGGCGAUCAUCCCGGCCCCUUUUCCAGGACCCUUGGCAGGAGCAGGAUAAUGCCAGAUUACGAUUUCCCUUGGGAUCUUUGACGCCAACGGGGGAGAGCACGCAAAGGGGACCGGGGGCCACAUCUCCUUCUGCGGCCAGAGGCCAUUGAUGGGUGGAGCUAGGAGCAAGAGAGGGUGGGGCAAUGGCUGCAAGGAAAGUUUCCAUCCAAGACAAGAAAGAAUCUUAGAAUCCUAGAAUCGUAGAGUUGGAAGGGACCCCUGAGAGUCAUCUAGUCUAAGGUUACCAGACGUCCCCGUUUCCCGGGGACAGUCCCCAGAUUUGCUUGCUUUGGUGAUGGAAGUAAUGCUCACCCCCCCCCCCCAGCUUCCAGUCUUCUGGCCGCCAACCUAUUUAUUCCACCCUCUCCCUGGAUGUUUAACCAUCAAUUUCAUGAAACCCAUUAGGAGAGCAAAGAUCUCCCUCUGGUUUUCUGGGCUCCCUUCUCAGGAGUGGGCCAAACGCACCCCCUUUGGCUUGACCCUGCUUAGGCCCUUAUGGAACCUCCAGCGCCAGAGGCAGUCUAUCUCGGUUGCUAGUUUCUUACGAAGCAGCGUUAUCAUGAUGGACCACACAUAUCUGCUAAUGGGUCCCUGAAGCACAGUUUCACACAAAGGGGAUCAUAUAGCGAACAAUAUUCUAAUGGCCCCUUCAAUCACGAGCCAGAACUUUGGCUCACCUAGUUCAGUAUUGUCUGCACUGACCAGCAGCAACUCUCCAGGUUUUUGAGACUCGGGGGGGGGGGCGUCUCUCCCAGUCCUGCCUGGAGCCUUCUGCAUACCAUGUGGAUGCUCUGCUGGAGAAGGGGGGCCUGCAUCUGUCUGUGCAAAGGGCUUCUUUGUUUUCUGAAGCAAGGCAGGCAGGCUCAGGAUCCCUGUGAGGUUUGGGGGAUUUCCGAGAGGUGGUUUUUUAAAAAUUAAAAAAGCAGAUUUUUGUGCAAGAUAUGAGCUAGCUGCCCACCUGCUCCGAUGCAGCCCCAAUUCUCUUGGCCAGCUGCUCCCACCCACCCACCCUCUCCUUUUGUCCCCAUGCACCCCCUUCUCCAUCCUCAGUCAUUCCGCCCUUGUGGCCACUGGGUCACCCUGCCACAACUGGGGACGCCUCCACCUUGUGGUCCUGCCCCUUGCUUAGCGCCACGAUAAACAUUUAAUUCCCUUGACCUUCCUUUUGUAAACAGAGUGGGGCCUUCCCAGGCUCCACUGCUGGAAGGAGGAUGGAGAGGAGGAUCUCCCCCACCAAAAAACGCUCCUGCAUCUGGGCUAUUUAGCAAAGGCUGAUCUUAUCUCCCCUCCUGCCUCCUCCUGAGCUUUUGGGAAGCAGCUUUCCUCUGUGUGUUGUGUGUGCACUGCAUGCUCAGGCAGAGCUUGGCUCCUUCACUCUGUGGGGAAGGUUUCUUCAUGGUGCGCUGAAAGCCCUUUCCAAAUGUCUGGGAAGAGAUAAAGCAGACUUUGGAAGGAGGCUCCAGACUUUCCUUCAGAGGAGUGGAAAGGAUGAGAAACAGACAAUUACCAAGACAAUGGCUGGAGUGUUUUGUGAAGGCUGAAAGAGCCCCCCCUUCACUGGGCAGUGAGGAAGACUUCACAAAAAGGAGGGGUGAUGCAUGGAGGCAGGUGGGGGCCCCACCCCAAUUAACCUCCACCCCAAUUUCUCUGGCUUAUUGCUCAGGAUAUUCCCAAAUGACUAAGCCAUACAUCUAAAAGACCUUGGUUAUGAUCUUUAUUAUCUGAAAAUAGAGAUGAUGUUUGUACUAUUGUAACUCAAGAAAAUCCUUAAUAAAAACAAUACAAAAGGACCUUGUUGUUGCACAGGAUGUGAUGCAGCAGCGAAAAAAGAACGAAUGGUGCAUCCACAGAAGUCUAGUGUCCAGAUCAAGGGAAGUCAUAGUGCCGCUCUCUUCUGCCUUGGUCAGACCACACCUGGGAUCCUGUGUCCAAUUCUGGGCACCGCAAUUUAAGAAGGACCUUGACAAGCUGGAAGAUGAGCAGAGGAGGGAGGCCAAGAUGAUCAGGGGUCUGGAAACCAAACCUGAUGAGGAACGGUUGCGAGAAUUGGGGAUGUUUUGCCUCCAAGGGUUGCCACAUGGAGAAUGGAGCAAGCUUGGUUUCUUCUGCUUCAGAGGGUAGGACCUGAACCCAUGGCUUUAAGUUACAAAAAAAGAGAUUCCACCAAAACGUCAGGAAGAAAUUUUUGGCAGUAAGAGCUGUUCAGAUGUGGAAUGGAAGGUGGUGGACUCUCCUUCCUUGAAGGUUUUUAAGCAGAGAUUGGAUGGCCAUGGAUGCUUGAGGACUUACAGCAUCUUAACCUCUACUUAAAAACUUCCAAGGACGACCUUCAAGACAGGACCUUCUCCAUGGUGGCCCUAGGAGGUGUAGCUGCGUCCCAAAAAUGUUGCGUCUCAUGACUAGGGGAAUUGGGAAGGUAUUCCCCAAAGCUGCCCUCUUGCCCCCGCACCUGCCAGAGCCUGGUGACUUUGACAUCUUCCUUUAAGUAGGAGACAGACCACAUGGGCCACCAGCCCCGCCAGAGACGCCAGCUGGGCUACGGGGCAUGGACGCACUGGGGCAGCUGGAGUGCCUGCUCCAGUACCUGCGGGGACGGAGCCUCCUUUCGGACCCGGCGAUGCAUCAGGUGAGCUGGCCUGCCCUGUUUGUCGGGGAGGGGGCCAUGGGAUGUGACUGCCUGGGGGGUGCUAGCAUAGGGGUUGUGGUUGGCCUGCUGGGCUUCAGGUGGGGGAGACCUGGGUUCGAAUCACAGAAGUUGCUUUCGGUCUCCCCGGCGGCCAACCUGGAGGCUCUCCCACAUUGGAAAUAUUGCCGAUAUUAAUAUUGCUCCAUUUGAAGCAACUGGACAUAUAAAAAUAGACUCCUUUUUGGAAUGAAAACAAGGCCUAUUGACACUUACUUGCAGAACUUUCUUCAAAACGAACCUGUGGAUUGAAACAGACUCAGCAUUUUACAAAAUAUGAAAUGAUCCCAACAGACCUAGAAGCAGAGGUCUGCCUAUCUUGACAGCAUCCAAUUCUCCUGGAGCUGUUUUCCUGGAGAGCUUCAUUUACAUCCUCACAGAGCCGGAGAAACAGGCAUCACCCUUCCAAGAUGGCAAACUGGCAAUUCAAUACCUCUCAUGUGAUCUAAGGUUAAACACUCAUGUGUUACCUAGCAGAAAACAACAAUACUGUAGUUAAUUAUUAACUCAGAGCUCAGAGUAAGGCUGAACUGUCUUGAUCCAGUUACCUGGGAGUAAGCUCCAUUGAUUACAGUGGGACUUACUUCUGAGUAGGCAGUGCCAGGCUCCAUUGACAAUAAAGGAAUAAACACUCCCCACAUUUCCUAAGAAUUGGCUAGCUGCGGAAGCAUCGCAAUGAAAGACUUGAAAGUGGAUUGGUGAUCUUUUCCUUCAAAAUUGUAGGAAGGGCUUUGUAUGCCAGCGUCAUCGUUUCCUUCGUUUGGUGCAGGGAUUUUAUUUUCAGGAUAAACGGGACUCAGUUUUUGAACCUUCACACACCACUUUUAAUUGUUCUCCGAGACAGGGAGGAGAAAAGAAAAUUGGGAUAUUUCGGGAUCAAAUCAGUAUGGCUUCUGUAAUUCUGGGACUGUCCCUGGAAAAUUGGAGGGUGUUUUUUUUUCCUCUUUGCUUGGCUCAUAGAUGCCUUUCGGUAGCAUGUACAGUGGUACCUCUGGUUGCGAACGGGAUCCUUUCCGGAGGCCCAUUCGCAACAUGAAAAGAGCGCAACCUGAAGCACCGUAUCUGUGCAGCGCAAUUUAGUGCUUCUGCGCAUGUGCGAGCAGUGAAACCCAGAAGUAACCCUUUAUGGUACUUCUGGGUCACCGUGGGACAUAACCUGAAAGAACAUAACAUGAAGCAAAUGUAACAUGAAGUAUGACUGUAUAAGGAAAUACCUCUGUGCCACCUUUUGAGCCAAAAGGCUGAAUUUAUCAGGAAACUGCCUUAGCCAUGCUUUGCCAAUAUAACAUUUCACCAGUAUAUAGCCCCAGCACCUUGAGAAUGCAUGCCCAGCAAUCCUCUUGCUGCUUACCUGGGAGUAAGCCCUGCUGCACCCAAAGGGGCUUCCUUCUGCAUAGGAUGAGUCUCUCAAGGAGGUGUUUCCUCUUCACGUACAGGUUCCCUGAGGAGGAGAUGUGCAAGGGGCCUCUCAGGCAGUACCGGGUGUGUGAACUGAACGUGAGUACUUGCCUUGUCAAAGAAUAAAGUGCUGCACACUUAUUGCGGGGUUUGUGUUCGAGGUUGCAUUUGUAUCAGGUCCAGGUUAAAGGGUCGAGCCAGGGUUCAAAUCAGCCAUUUGGAAGAGUCUCCAGCCUCUGUAUCCCUUGGACUGAUAUAGGAUGAUAUGCAGAGGUGGGGAGAAUUACGCUUGAGCUUUGUGGAGGGAAGGAGGUGGACUCCCAACACAGCAAUAAAUAUAAUCUGCAGCUUGCCUUGCACUCCUGCUCCCUAUUCUUCAUUGUUAAUACUGACGAUGAAUGAUUAUUAAUUACCUGCCCUUCAACCUAAAGUCCCAGGGCUGGUUACAAUUUAUUUACAAUACUAUUUAUUAUUUAUUUUCAUGCCACCCUAAACCUGUAAAUCUCAGGGUGGUUCACAACAUAACAUUAAAAUACAGUGGUACUUUGGUUCUCAAACAGUUUAGUUGUCAAACAAAUAGGUUCCCGAACGCUGCAAACCCGGAAGUAAAGUCUGCAAAUGUUUUUUGAAAGCCAAACAUCCGACGGGCUUCCAUUUGAGUGCAGGAAGCUCCUGCAGCCAACCAGAAGCUGCGUCUUGGUUUUAAACAGUUUCAGGGGUCGAAUGGACUCCCAGAAUGGAUUAAGUUCGAGAACCAAGGUACCACUGUAUACAAAACAUAGAAUACAUAAUGAAAAUAAUGAAUGCAAAAUGGUAAAAAAAGAGCUGAAAGCAAUCUACAACUGCAAAAAUAAGGAGCAGGGGUUCUAAAAAUGCAGAGAGGUUUGAGGGUCCCUGCUUUGGACCACUGUCAAGGGAUGCUUUGGGGAGUGGGGGUCAAGGGCUGGCAUUGCCUAGCAACCACCAAUGGGCUGGGAAGGAAAUCCAGCAUCACCUAGCAGUUGUCACCAGCAUUUGGCUGAAAGGCAGAGGUGGAUCUACGGUGAGUGGUGAAGUGAAAGUUAUUAUUGAAAGCCAGAUCUUUCCAGCCCUCUUGUGCAAGCCCCGCCCCCCAUGGGUGACGCCAGGGCCCCAAUUCUGGCAGUGGCCAGAGAGUUCAGGCUGGAUCUCCGUUUCCUUGCAUCUUAUUGUCCUUUCACACUGUGGCUUUCCUCCUCUCUUGCAGGAGUGCCUUCCUGGAUCCGUCCCCUUCCGGGCUGUCCAGUGCUCCCUCUACGACGGCAAGCCUGUCCUGGGCAGCCAGACACCUUACCAAUGGGUCCCCUUCCAUGGAGGUGGGCUCAGCCUGGGGAGAUCUCAGUCCAAAGCCCAAGGGGAGGUUUUGGGGUUUCCCCCUCUUGUGCUGUCCUUUAAGGAGUAGGGGAACAAAUCUUCCCAUUUCCAUUUCAUAGUCUCACAACACUCACACAUCUAUCUAUCCUCACAAAAAUUUGGCAGGAUUUUAGUGCAAAUUUCUCGUAAGAUAUAUAUAUACCCAAUCAAGCAAUUCCCCCUAUUAUACAAUGUAUUUCUACAUGGUAUUUUCAUGAAUAUAUUCAUCUUAAUUCACAUUUCCCCUCCUACAAAAUAUGCAUUUUGGGUUUGGAGAGGGUUGUCGAGAAAUGGCAUUGAAAAAUUCAAAUUAGCUGCAUUCCAGUUCAUUUUAUUGCUCUGGUGAGUGUGAAUUGGGGGCAAGUGGGUGUUUUCCCCUGAUAGUACUCAUUAACAACAACAACAACUAUUACUAUUACUAUUACUAUUACUAUUACUAUUACUAUUACUAUUACUGGGUGGCUCCCAACAAAUUAUAAAACCACAGUAAAACACAACACAUAAAAAACUUUCCGAUACAGGUCUGCCUUCAGAUGUGUUUGGAAAGUCAUGUAAUAGGUUACCGUAUUUUUUGCUCUAUAGGAUGCACCAUAGGAGGGGGAGAACGGGGGGGGGGGAUUCUUGUUCUCCCUCUCAAAAACAAGGUGUGUUCAAGAGCAGGUCGGGGAACAGCGCAAAGGCUGCACGCAGCCUUGCCGCUGCCCCCAAGCUUGUGGGGCUGGCGGUGGGGGGAAGCGCUGCUUUCCCCCACCGCCAACCUCAAAGAUCCCUGAAGCCUUUGGAGCGCAGCUUCGAGGACAGCCUUUCAGGCCUCCGCAGGGCAGUGGGGUGCCUUCACCCCGCCGCCCUGCGGAGAUUUUCCGCAGCCAUCCUGAAGCUGCUUCGGGCUGUAGGCAGCUGUCCGCAAGCCUGCAGAGCCCGGCGGGAACUCCCGCCGGGCUCCGCAGGCCUGUGGAGAGCUGCCCGAAGCCAGGGGUGCACAGCACCGCGCUCCCCGGGCUUCGGGCUGCAGGCAGCUAUCCGCAAGCCUGCGGAGCCCAGAGGGAGUUCCUGCCGGGCUCCUCAGGCUUGUGGAUAGCUUCCUGAAGCCUGGAGAGCGCACCGACCCCUCUCGCUCUCCAGGCUUCAGAGAAAGCCUGCAUUCGCUCCAUAGGAUGCACACACUUUUCCCCUUCAUUUUUGGAGGGGGAAAAGUGUGUCCUAUAGAGUGAAAAAUAUGGUAUCUCCUUGACAUCAGAUGGGAGGGCGUUCCACAGGGUGGGCGUGGGCGCCACCACCAAGAAGGCCCUCUGCCUGGUUCUCUGCAACUUCACUUCUCACAGUGAGGGAACUGCCAGAAGACCCUUGGAGCUGACCCCCUUCCUCCUCUUCCCUUUUUGCCAGCCCCCAACCUCUGCGACCUGAACUGCCUGGCUGUAGGGCACAAUUUCUACUACACCUUUGGGAGGGUCCUGGAUGGGACCCGCUGCAGCCCAGACUCUCGGGACCUCUGCAUCAGUGGCCGUUGUUUGGUAAGUCCCGUCAGAUUUAGGUCAGGGCCUGAGGCGGACCCCAAAAGCUAAAACAAGAAUAGGCUGAAAGCAGAUUAAAACUCACUUCAACUUUCCAAACAUGCAGGUAGACUUGUCUAAACAGGAAUGUUUCUCAGCAGGAUCCCAAAAGCAUCCAGGGAAGGCACCUGCCUGAUAUCAAUAGUCAGGGAGUUCCAAAGUGUAGGUGCUGCCACCCUAAUGUGGAAAAUGGGUCUUAUGUGGUACCAGUAACAGGACAGUCAGGUGGGCACAUAAGGGGUGCACAGGGGUGCUAGCUGGGGGGGAUCCCUUUGGGGUAUCCAGCGUCCAGGGUCAUUUUAUGCUCUGAUUGCUUCCUGAAUAGUAAUCAUCAUCAUCAUCAUCAUCAUCAUUUUUAUUUAUUUAUUAUUUAUACCCCGCCCAUCUGGCUGAGUUUCCCCAGCCACUCUGUGCUAGACUUCUGCUGGAGAUGCACAGAUUUAUCAAAUCCCCCACCCCCAAUCUGGUGCCUGAUGCUCCCCCCUCUUGGUCUCCCUUCCAGAGAGCCGGCUGCGAUGGGCUGCUGGGCUCAGAGUCUCAGGCGGAUGCCUGCGGGGUCUGCGGAGGCAGGAACGAGUCGUGCGUCCUGGUGCACCGUGUCUUCCGGGCAGCCUUUCCCAGCUCUGGUGAUUCAAUGCCCUGACGUUCUCCGUGGGUGAAUGCUUUGGCUUUUGGCUUUUCAUGCUCUUCCUCCUCACCCCAAGCACCUCCUCCCCCUCCCCUCCCCAGCACCUUCCCCGCUUUGGGCAAACGCACAUGCCACUUUGUCAGGGAUUGAAGUCAGCAGAACGGAAGUGGUUGCCCCAGAGCAACAACAAAGAAAAGAGGUGUCCUUUUUUGCAGCUAGGAAAGUGCAGACAAAAUGGUGAGGUAACCAGCCUCCUAUAACCAACAGGCUUAAGUCUAAUCAACACACUUGAAGGGGGUAAUACCACAGAGUCCACUGUCUUGCCACACUUAGCUAGGACCACUUCCACUCCCCUUGGGAGGAGCUCAGGUCUCCAUCCUUCUGAGAAGCUCAAAGUGCAAAGAGGUUUCAGCUGGUUGCUCCAGCUCUCACAAGCCACUCUUGAGUUCCCCUGCCAACAGUGUAGGAACUUAUUUUAUUUAUAUAUAUAUAUAUAUAUAUAUAUAUAUCCAAAAUAGAGAAAUAGAAUAAGAAAAAAAGAAAGAAAAAGAAUAAACUUAGAUCAAAAUAUCAUACAAAUUCCACAUAUCGAGAUUCCUUUAAUCUCCUGACUUCCCCCAUUCCAUCCAUCCAUCUUAAUUCUACUUUCAACUGCAUAGCAAUACUUUUCCAAUUUUUCAUCUUCCUAAGUUAUCUGUACUUUCUAUUACAUUAUAAGUGUAUUUAGAAUCCUGCUAAUGUUUUAACCUGUUUGCAAUGAUUUUGUAUAUACAUUAUAAACUUUUCCCAUUCUUUUUAAAAUUUCUUGUCUUCUUGGUUCCUGAGCUUCCCAGUUAAUUUUGCCAUUCCAGCAUAAUCCAUCAACUUGAUUUGCCAUUCUUCUUUGGUUGGGGUUGUCUCUUCCUUCCAUCUCUGGGCUAGCAAAAACCAAGUGGCCAUUGUAGCAUACACAAACAGUUUCCUCUGAUCUUUUGGGAUCUCGGUACCUAUAAUUCCUAGCAGAAAAGCUUCCAUUUUUUUAGGAAAGGUUAUUUUAAACAUUUUUUUCAUUUCAUUAUAUAUCAUUUCCCAGAAUUUCUUGAUUACAAUUCCACCGCAUAUGAUAAAAGGUAACCUCUUUUUCUUUACAUUUCCAGCAUAUAUUGGUACAGUACUUGUUCUAUAUAUUUCUACUAAUUUUACUGGGGUUAAGUACCACCAAUACAUCUUUUAAGGAAAUAUAGAGAGAAGGCUUGGUAAUAUUCUAAGUUCUGGGGCAUAUACUGUUCUCCACUCUCUCUUGAUUCUUGCCAUAAAAAUCUUUGAGUCUAUGCACAUGCUGACCACAAAUAGAAUGUUAGAUUGUUCCUACCCUGUUUUCGUUUUGGUACAGCCCCCAAACUGCUUCGGGAUUGACCUCCUCUUCAGCUUGUCUUAAAUUAGCUCAACUGUUCCGUAAAAUAAUAGUUCUCUGGUUAGCUUUAUGGAGUGUUAUUUCUUUAGUUUAAGACCUCGAUUCUUCGGAUUAACUUUGGUUUCAGAUUAACCUUAAAUGCUCCAAGGUCUCAAUAACCAGGUAUUUGAGCUCAUCAUUAUUCAGUGGAGAUUCCCCCGCCUGGUCAUUCUGGGAUCGGGCUUUCUUACCUGGGGGAAGAAUCGCUGUUGUUAGCGUCCGAGGUCUCCUUCCUCCCGGUCUGGGUUUAGGAACCCGCUUUGAUACUGCAGCUGAUCCUUACAGGUUCAAGCAACCCUCCUGAACCCUCGGGGAGGGGGCGUAAAGCCCUACAGCCCCCGUUUCACCCCACUGGUGAGUGUGCGUCUCACAGAGAAUGCGGGACGCACGUACGAAGUCGACCUGUGGUGAACUGGAAGUCCUAACUCUGGUUACUUAUACUAACAUGCUCUCAAAACUAUAAAAUGGUUAGAGCAGCUGCCUUGCCCUGCCUCACAGGUUGGUGGCCAUCUUGAAAGUCACUAGGACAGAUUUUGCAACCUACCUGCAUACUAAUUGUGCCAGGACUGAAGCUCCCCAUACUUUAAAAUUUGAUUUUCUUAUUAUAUGAUUCUGAAAACCUUUAUGUCCUUUCAUUUUAUCAUACCAUAAAUACUGUAUGCAUGCCAUCCAAAUCUAUUAUCAUGUCCUUCUAGAUCUAACACAUCUCCAUUUUUCAAUAUCAUCCAUUCCCAGGUCCAGCAGAUGCAAGAUGCCUCAUAGUACAAUCUCAAAUCUGGCAGGGUGAAACCUCCUCUCUCUCUCUCAUAUCAGAUAACAAUUUAUAUUUUAUUCUUGCUUUCUUCCCUUGCCAGAUGUAUCUAGAAAUAUAUUCUUGCCAUUCUUUGAAGCAUCCAGCACUGCUUAUCACUGGGAUUGAUUGAAAUAGAAACAACAUUCUUGGCAAUACAUUCAUUUUAACCACUGAAAUUCUCCCCCUUAACGAUAAAUUCAUUCUUUACCAAAUUUCUAAAUUCCCUUUUAUUUCUUUCCAUGUAACAAUUUAGGAACUUUCACCACUUGUUACUGCCUGUGCCACUUUCAUGACCUUUGGAGAGUUAGUAAGUAAAUCAACUUUUAACUCACCAAAGGGAACUUGGGAACUCACUGAGAAGGGCAUAAUUUGAAGGAAUCACAGCCCACAUUUCCAUGCUUUACUUUGCUGCGUAGUUUAUGAUUUUAAAUCUAUGCAUGGGUCCCCUCACCAAAGAGAACUUGCCCCAAACUUGGAUCUUGGCAGCCAGGGAAUUCUCCUCCUACAUAGAUUUUGAUCCAACAGGAAUUCACUGAAAAGCAUGAGAUCACAAAAUAGCAGAAUUGUAAGGGUCCCUGGGGGUCAUCCAGCCCAACCCCCUGCAGGGCAGCAAUCUCAGCUAGAGCAUCUCUGACAGGUGUCCAUCCAACUGACAUUUCAAGUAGUAUGUCUGAGGAAGCCCUCUGUCCAGCGCUGCACGUCACACUCUGAGCCUCCCCCCCCAAAAAAAACAUGCAGUUCCCCUUCACCCCCUGGCUGCUUCCCCCUGGGCAGCCCCCUCCCCCUCCCUCCCCAGUGGUCUCUCUCCCCCCCCCCCCCCGCACUUGACCCGCUCUCCUCUGAUUGCUUCACAGGUUACUUUGGCUACCAGAAUGUCACUCAGAUCCCGGCAGGCGCCAGACACAUCAAGGUGACAGACAGCAGCCGCAAUUACCUCGGUAGGAGGGGCUGCUGGGCAGGUUCCUAUUCCCACCCCCAUGCCUGUUGCUGACCCCUUGUGGUGGUGGGGGCCCCAAGAUCCUACCAACUGCCUAUUUUGAAACUGCACUUUUACAAAAUGGACACACAUUCAGGAACCCUGGCAGGUGGCCACCCAUCUUCCAUUUAAAAACCUCUCAUGAAUCCUAGAAGCAUUGCAAGGGGCCCCCAAGGGUCAACUAGCCCAACCCCCUGUGAUGCAGGAAUUGCAGCAAAAGCAUCCCUGACAGAGGGACACCCAACUUCUCUUUAAAAGCCUCCAAGGAAGGAGAGCCCACCACCUUCCAAGAGAGUUUGGCUGACGAACAGCUACUUUCUGCACAAACACCCCUCUUGAGCUCCAAGGACAGUGGCAUUGCCCUGAGGGGCCACCCCAAGCAGGACCUGCCUGUGGUAGCUCCCCACGCCUCCUCUGAAACUGGAGGCACCCAGAGGCUCCCUUGGGGGUUCUGGGGUGGUUGGCUGGGGAGGAGGGGGCCAGCCAAAAACUCCCCCAAAAGCUUCCCCCAAACGUUCUUCCUUCCCCUCCCCAGCUCUGAUGACGGCAAACCAGCGCUACGUCAUCAACGGUGACUGGGCCAUUGACUGGCCAGGGACGUACGAGGCAGCAGGCACCCAAGUCCGCUACACUCGCACAGCGGACGCUCACGAGAGCCUUGAGGCAGCCGGACCCACCCAGGAGGACUUGCUGGUCAUGGUGAGAUGAGCCAGGGAAUUGUGUGGGGGUUUUCCACCUGGGUGCAAAGGAUAUUAACUGGGUCUCGCCCAUGCACCCAAUGCCUGUUUCUUGCCUCAGGUCCUUUUUCAGGAGCCCAACGAGGGCAUUGAGUUCCAGUUCUGGCUCCCGAAAGAGCACUUCCACCCUAUCCAGAGUGACGCCAGCCCCCUUCGCCAGCCCCAGACCAGGGAAGUCGGGGAUGGCUCACCAAGGGAGCACCCAGCCAUCCUGCCAGCCCCGCCCUCUCAAAACGACAUCGCCAGGAAGACGCCUCAGCGGGAGGGAAUGCCCUUGCCAGCCAAAGUGCCCCCAGGGAGCUCAGGUAUCCUCAAUUCUAUCUCUCUCCCCCCCAUUCUCUGUCCAUCUCUCCUUCCUUCACCCCCACAAUAGUUUCAGGGUGCAGGAGUGGAGUGCUCUUAGAAAGAAACAUUUUCUUGUUGGAAAUCUAGGAGAUUUGAGGGAUUUGGUAGCAUUUGUUCCAAGGUACCCACCCAUGCAGACCCUGAUCCCAUGUCUGCCGUCCCCUUGCUUUCCCCCUCCUCCAGCUCCAAUGUCCUGUUUUCAUAGAAUCAUAGAACUGUAGAGUUGGAAGAGACCCCAAGGGUCAUCUAGCCCAACCCCCAGCGAUGGAGGAAUGACUGAGCUACCCAAGUGCCCUGGGUGACCUUGGGGGCCAGUCCCUGCCUCUCUCUGUCUUGCCUACCUCACAGGGCUGGUGUGGGAUUUAAAUGAGAAGGGGGGUCAGGGCCACAGGAGCCUCCUGGAGCUGCUUGGAGGAAGAGGUGGAUAGAAGUGCCAUGAAAUGAAUAAAUUUCUCCACAGAGCUUUCAGCAGCUCGCACCCUCCAGGCACCCUGGGAGCCUUGGGCUGCUCCCACCCCAUAAUUUGAGGUGGGAUUCCUGGCUCUCAGCAUGCGCAGGCAGCUCCCCAGCUUGUGAGUUCAGUAGUGCAACAUUUUGCCACAGAACCCACAAAGCCCAGGCUGGUUUUGGCAGCCUUUGAUGUCGCAGGAAGAUUCCUCCAAGGCAGAGCCACCUCUUCUCCCCCCAACCCAGCAAAAGAAAAGCCUGAGGAGUAGGAGAAGCCCCUGACUAGAACCCCAGGCACUGGGAACUGUAGCUCAGCGCUGUGCAAACUACAGUUCCCAGGAUUCUUUGGGGGCGGGGGUGGGUGGGCUUGAUUGUGUGCAUGCCUCUCGCCUGGAACUGGAUUUCCAGCCCACAUGCAACUCUCCAAAUCCCACCAGCCACCAAUUCUCGGCCGGACCUACUUCGCAGGGCUUUUGCCAGAGCCCCAGACGCCGCCCCGCACUUGUAGGGGGAAAGAGGGCAGGGUUGAAGUGCAGGAAGGCGGUCAGUGCCCCCCCUUUCCCCCCACAAAAUGCUUUCUUCUCAUCCUGCAGGGCUGUGCGGGGCAUGCGACUCUCCCAGGGGAAAAUCCCAGCGCAUCCACCACUACUGCAACAGCGACUUUGGUACGUGGCCCCUCCGCAUGGAAGGGAACCUCAAGGGUCAUCUAGUCCAAACUGCCGCAGUCUCCCUCCUCCCUCGAGGGCCAAGGUGGGGAGGAGCGUAGAGGGUCCCAUGCCAAGGAACCCCCACCCCCUUUCCUGUUCCCCCCGGGUGGAGAGGGGAGCUGGAUGAGGAGAGCCCUUCCCCUGGGGGGCCGCCGCAGGAGAGCCCCCUCCUGACCUCCUUUCUCCCCUGCCUACACAGUCUUCCGCGCCCGAAUCCUCUCCAAGCGCCGGGUGGGGCAGGAGACGCGCUACGACGUGCAGGUGUUGCACACCUACCGCAACCGCUUCCCCGUCGUGCGCCGCGAGUUCGUCUGGGUGCCCGACGCCUGCGACUGCCCGCUGCUGGCCGAGCAGCGCGAGUACGUCCUGAUGGCCCGGCGCCACGUCAACUACGAGCACACCCUCAACCGCCUGCUGCUGCCCCGGGGCGGCUACGCCCGGCCCUGGACGCCCCGCGAGGACCUGCAGCUCAGGGACGUCCCCAAGCACUGCUCCCGGGGUGGGACCCCGCCCUAAGGUGGGGGUCCCCGUCUCUGCCGCGUCCUCCGGGUGCGCCACACGGAUCUUUCGCGGCUGCCAUCUGCGCACGAGGGCGAAUUCAAGGGAAGGGAGACUCUUCCUCUCUCACAACGCGAUUGGCCGGGGAGAUCUGGGCUCGAGCGCUUUUGCCUUCAUUCAGUCCCAGGGGGGUGGGAUUCCGCGUCUUCCUAACAGUUGCUCCUAGGAUCCCCUUCCCUGCCAUGCUCAGGUUUCAACUCUGCGCGGAAAAGAUUGGAAGAUUCAGGGGGGACAAAAGAAAGGUCUUCUUCUCACAGAGGGGGUUGUGGUAAGCUGUGGAACUCCCUGCAUUAGGAAGCAGUGGCAGCCGCUCAUCUGCUCUGAAAGAGAAUUCACGACAGAUGCAGCUACUGGCACAGUGGGUUGCCCCCAAUGGCUAUGCUCUCCUUCCUCUUGCCAAAAUCAGGAGGCCAAGAUCGCCUGGGCACUGGUGGCCUGACUUGCACUUCCACCCAUCUCCCGGACACAUUAAGCCACAGCGCCCCCAUGGCUGACUCUGCCCAAGAUCUCAGAGGACGCUGCCUGCAAGAGGACUCUGGGGCAUAUACAGAGUCCCUCUGGCCUCGUAAGCUCAGUCUUCAUUUCUGCUCCUCGAAACCAGUAAAGGUAUUCUACAGUCUGA